UAACAGGACAGCCAAGAUAGUAAUACUAAUAGUAUUGAUGAAGGAGGCCUAGGGUCACAGCAGGACCUCUUUGAUGACAGGGUAGCAGCACCCCUCCCUAACCUACCACAUGCACAGUUUUGUUGUGAUGGGUGUAAAUCUAACUCUUUGUUGUUAAAAGAAAUAGUAAAGGAAUUAAAAGAUUUAAAACAAUGUGUGAACACAGCAGCAAAGCCUGGAAGGUCAUUUACCUGUAUUGAGAAGACAGAUAUGGAGAGACCGUUGACAGAUUACCUGAAAAGCCGGUUCCCAAAGAACCCAUUUUUGGCAGACCCAGACACAGAGUUAAAAGCCAAAUUAAUGUCGUUAAAGAGGAGACUCGCUCCAGAGGCAGACACCCAAGAAGUGCUUAGAGCAGGAGUUAAGUUCAGCACUAGGAAAAUGGUCGACUUUAGGUCUCAAACCAAAAACAAGAUGCUAUCAAGAAAUGAAUCCGCAGACUUAGGCUGUAAAAGUCUAAAGGACUUGGGAAAAGCCCUUUUUUCUAGGUUUCAAUGCCAAGAUGAGGAAGCUGUUGAAAAUAUGACAGUUGCUUUAAGAGCAUUCAGCCAUGAAAAAAAGCAGUUAAAAAGGCAGUCUGGGGAGCCCUUGGAGGAUUACUGGACAUCCUUCAAGGGUUACCUUGGGGAUCUUUUGGAAAGCCAGGACCAGGACAAAUGGGUCCUGCUUAAAGAGCGGGAAGUCAAGAGAAUUGAGAGAUAUAAUAAAUAAAGAUGGACAUGAUUGAUGGAGUGCUGGAAUAGCUUAAGUUUUAAAACAAUAUGAGAACACUUAAUUUUAUGAUUUUCUGUUUAUAUAUUUCUUUCUUUAUAUGUAAUAUAAGUAUAUUUUUGUAA